AUGUCCAGCCAAGUCUACAUCCUCUCCGCCUCCCGUACCCCCAUCGGCGCCAAAGACGGCGCCCUCGCCACCGUCUCCGCCCCCCAGCUCGGUGUCACCGCCGUCAAGCACGCUAUCGAGAAGGCCGGCCUCGAGCCCAAGAGGAUCGAAGAGCUGUACAUUGGUAAUGUCGUCCAGGCUGGUGUGGGACAGAGCCCUGCUAGGCAGGUUGGUAUCGGUGCUGGUAUCCCCGAGAGCUCGGAUGCUACCACUAUCAACAAGGUGUGUGCGUCCGGUUUGAAGGCCAUCAUGCUCGCCUCGCAAAACAUCCAGCUCGGACAGCGAGGUGUCAUGGUCGCUGGUGGUAUGGAAUCCAUGUCCCAAGCUCCCUUCCUUCUCCCCCGAAACAACCCCCCCUUCGGCGCCGUCACCGCCCAAGACUCGCUCGUCUCUGACGGUCUCUUUGACGUCUACAACAAGUUCCCCAUGGGCAACUGCGCCGAACACACUGCCAAGCAGCUCUCCAUCUCGCGCGAAGACCAAGACGACUUCUGCCUCUCUUCCUACACCCGCGCGGAAGAAGCCUGGGCCGCUAACGCUUUCAAAGAUGAGAUUGCGCCCGUGACUGUCAAGGGCCGAAAGGGCGAUGUUGUGGUCAAGGAGGAUGAAGACUACAAGAAGCUUCUGAAGGAGAAAUUCAGGACUAUUAGGCCGGUGUUCCAGAAGGAUGGGACGGUGACGGCUGCGAAUGCGUCGACUUUGAACGACGGUGCUAGUGCUGUCGUGCUCGCGUCUGGAGAGGUCGUCGAGAAGGAAGGUUUGAAGCCUCUCGCCAAGAUCCUCGGCUACGCCGACGCGGCUUGUGCCCCUAUCGACUUCCCCACCGCCCCCACCCUCGCCGUGCCCCUCGCGCUCAAACACGCCGGUGUCUCUCAGGACGACAUUGCCCUCUGGGAGUUUAACGAGGCCUUCUCCGUCGUCGGUAUCGCCGCUACAAAGGUUUUGGGUAUUCCCAGGGAAAAGAUCAACGUCAAGGGUGGAGCCGUCGCUUUGGGUCACCCUAUUGGAUCUUCUGGAUGUAGGAUCGUGGUCACGCUUGUGCACGCGCUGAAGAAGGGUGAGAAGGGUGUGGCUGCUAUCUGUAACGGUGGUGGUGCUGCUUCUGCUAUCGUCAUCGAGAGGCUUUAA